UGUUCUUUACUUGCUCAGAAUUCAGGGAAGCAGGUUUCGCUCCUUUGUUGUCAGUUUGCAUCAUGAUUAGCAAUAGGUGAUCAAGCUCUAAAACUCUAGGGGCCAUAAAAGGAAUGAAGCCUCCCCCCACAUUUCCCAGGACUCUGGUGGUGCUUCUUAUGUUCUGAUCUGGCAGUGUUUGCCACCUUCAUUCAUAGGAGGGCUGGAAGCACCAGAAGGAAGGUGCCAGGUGGGUGGACCCAACUGAUUAGCACAAAGGAGCGUCUGAUAUAAUUGGAGUGACAGGGACUUUGCUCAAAGGGAGCCAUUGAGAUUAGGGUUGGGUUUCUCCUGCCUGCACGAGGGAGUGGUAAUCUUCAAAAAUGUGUCACCCGAAAACAAUGAGGAGGAUUUGGGGCCCUGGCUUUCGAAGUCCUGAGGGCAACUCCAGGCCCUGGUGUCUGCACUACAGAUGCAAGUGAGCUGCAAGUUCCCUGGAACCCUCAGCACCUCACAGAAUUAAUCCGGUUAGUCAUUCUGCUUCCGUGCAUCUUUUCCUGCAAGCUCCCGCAGCUGUUUCAUUGGCUAAUGUGAGACUGUCCUUGUGUUUCUCUCUGAUAAUCUGACCUGAAAACACAGGAGGCUGGCUUACUUCUCAGGGAAAAGGAUCCCUGAUGAGGAGGGAUGAAUGCCCAUUCUGAACAUGCUCCCUUAGGAUGGAGAAGUUCCCAAGGAGUUCAGAGGAACUUAUUUCCUGGUGAGGAUGCUUCGGGUGCUGCUGGUCUUAAUUUUGCCCAACAAAAUAGCAGCAGGAUGAACGGAAAGGUUCAGAGCAAUCAAGCCGUUUCCCUUCUCUACCUCUAUUUCUAAGUAUCUGGAAGCUGCAGUUAGCACAGACUUGCUGACAGGUGGGAGGCCUUGUCAGAGAGAAUGGAGCUGCUAGACCCUCCAUCAACGAUGAGUAAUCACACCAUUCUUCACCAUCCUAAUAAUACUGCCCUCCCUGGGCUUCUCUUUCUCCUGAUGGGUUUUCCUGGACUGGAAUCCACCCCACAUUGGCUGGCUUUCCCCGUGGGCACAGCCUACCUGCUGUCCGUUCUUGGGAAUGGGGCCGUCCUCUUUGUCAUAAUCACGGAAACAGCCCUCCAUUCCCCCAUGUACAUCUUCCUUGGCCUGCUAGCUGCCUGUGACUUGGGCUUGGCCACAGCCCUCCUGCCCACAAUGCUCCGGGUCUUCCUCCUUGGAUCAAGGGAGAUCAGUCUGGACGCUUGCCUCUCCCAGCUCUUCUUCAUCCACACGUUCUCCAUCAUGGAGUCCUCUGUGCUCUUGGCCAUGGCCUUUGACCGCUUCGUGGCCAUCUGCUACCCUUUGAGGUACACCUCCAUUUUGACCAGCUCCAGGCUGGUCCACAUUGGCUUGGCCAUUGGCCUCCGGGGUGUGGCCUUGCAUGUGCCAAUCCCCUUUCUUCUCAAGAGGCUGACUUACUGCCACCAUAUUAACGCCCUUUCUCACUCAUACUGCCUGCACCCGGAUGUGAUGAAGCUGGCCUGCCACAAGUCCAGCAGGGAUGGCAUCUAUGGGCUCUUAGUGGUCUUCUCCACUAUGGGUCUGGACCCACUACUCAUCGUCUUGUCUUACAUCUGGAUCUUGAAGACCGUUUUGGCCAUCACCUCGCUGGAUGAGCGCCACAAAGCUCUCAACACCUGUGCCUGCCACAUCUCUGUGGUCCUGCUGUUCUACACCCCCAUGUUGGCAUUGUCCUUGAUCAGCCGCCUCAAGCUCCACACCCUGCCCUUCCUCCACAUUCUGUUGUCCUACAUCCACUUCCUGGCCCCACCUUUGCUCAACCCCGUGCUCUACUGUGUCAAAAUGAAAGAGGUGCGCCAAAGGAUAUCUGCAAAACUCUUUUUGGCCCAAAGGGUCCAUUGGGAAGGCUGAAGACCCUUGUCCACCUGCCCUGCUGCAGAAUCAGAAGGGAGGGCAGCUCCAUGAGGGCUCCAUUGCCCUUCCCAAUAGUUCAAAUCUCCCAUCUCAACUUACUCCCCUUUUUGUAUCUACUCCCAGCCUAAAACAAUGCACAUUCCAUUUGGCCAUGCCUUCAGCACACAAUAGCAAAACAACAUCCUUGAGAGCAAGUUCCAUCUUCUGCCAGGUGAAAUCUCUAUGUAAAAUGAACACAGGCUUGCAAAUUUGUGCCAUAGAAUUUGCCUUUUCUUUACACAGAAGCAAUCCAUGUCCAGUAAGGAAAUGGAAGGUCUUGUUUCAGUGCUAAUAAAGUUUUUAAUCAAUUUUC